CAGGACUAUGCCGACAAGAAUUUCGAAUGAGCGAGACAGAGACGUCCUGAGAGAAUUCCGUUUUUCUAUGGACCACCAAAAAACUCCUAAAGCAGGAAAAUGUUCAUGCUUGCGGUGGGUCUGAGUUUCAUCGCAAUAGCGGAAAGUCGAAAGGCUUUCUUGGCAAACGGCAAUGGUUUCGGUAACCAAGGAUCUGGUGGUUCCGGUGGUGGCAACGUGCUGCCCACGGGGCAAACAAUUUUCGUGCCUGGGGCGUCAUUGCCGGUCGCAAAUAAUCUACCGCUGAAUAAUUUACAUGCGCCGGGACUCAGCAUAGGGAAUGCUGGUAAUGCAGCCGUCGUGGGAAAUGGUGUUGCACCACAAAUGCCUGUCGCGCAACAACUUCCAAACAUCACAGCUAGUAUCGCGGCGUUGGCGGCUGCGCACCAGGCUGCAACUACAGGUGACGGAACAGCGGCGAGUGGAAAUUUGUCGACCGAAGCUGCUUCGCAUAUGUGUCGCGUGGUUCAGAGCAUGGUGGGUAACAAUCAGCUGUUACCGACAAUUUUUCUGAUGGCCUUGUCGUACUACCUGGGUAGUGGAGGCGACUAUCGGACUUUGCUCGAAAAGGCACAAGAAUAUGCACCACAUAUUUCUUUAAGGCAGAUGAAGUGGCACGAGACAUUCAAUGGGCAAUGACAAAGUUUUCAUCUUGUUUAGUGGAGUAUGAUACAUCGACGAUUUUCAAUUACCAAUGGUGCCGAGAAAGAUCUAGUGAUUGUCGGUUUUUUUCUCUUGGUCGAGGCGUUAAUUCUAAUAUUCGUCGCCUUGACAUUGUCGGGUCUCUAUUCUGCUAGCAACGUGAAGGACCCGAAGGACACAGCGAUGACACAACAGUUCAAGGAACUACAAGCUUCCGUAGAGAAAUUAAAGCUUUUGCGUUACCAGAUUCAGCAGUGGCAGGCCUAUGCAAAUCAGUGGCAAAAACUACCGAUAUCGGCUCCACAAGCCUCCGGAGUUAACAACUUUGCACCCAGCAACAUCGUUGGACCACAAAGUUUGUCAGCCGUUCCACAACAGCUACCUGAACAAAGCCCGGCUGUCGUUGUGCCGCAGAUAAUAUCUUCACAAACACAACCUGUAUUACAGCCACCUGCAUUCGCGGGAGGUGCGCCAACUGGAGGAGGAAAUGGUAAUGCUCCUGGUACUGGUACUAGCACUCCACCUUCUGAUGCUGGUGCACAAAACUUGCCUUCGACCGUGAAUGGUGGCCAGAAUCAAUGGAGUGCGGCGAAUCGUCUGGACAUAGAGCGCAUUCGAAUGCAGCUAGCCUCUGGACAGUUGAAUCUGGAAGACGUGGUUGCCUCGGAUCCGAUAGUCCCGUCUGUCCCGGUCCCGCAAUUUGUUGGCGGCAUAGGCGGCACUCCAAAAGUCCCAUCAGCACGCCCACCAAGCACCGCUGGGAUCCCAAUAUCAGCACAACAAGGAGUACCACUAGCUCCAGGACAAGCACCUUCGAUGAUGCCAGCUUUUUUAAGUAAUCCGCAUGGAGGGCAGCCGUCCGGUCCUGGUGUGCCACCUCCUCAGCCACAAUUCGCUGUGCAGAGUCGAGGUAUUGGAGCGCUUGGCGGUGUUGCGGAACAAGGUAGCAAAAAUUAGGCUUGGAGUUUUUUUUCAUUGUGAUUACAGGGUUUUUUUGCAUUUUGACUAGACCGUUGUUGUCCUAAUAGAUUUGUUUCAUUAGUACGACAAGCGCGACCGCGGUGAUCCGAGGAUUAGUAUACUUAUUCAAGGAACGCGAUGACAAGAACUUUUUCUACUCGACAAAAAUACUUUUCCAUUGCGCAGCCCCUGCAAACAGCGGAGGGAUGCAGAAUGUGACGAUCACGCUGGAAACAAUCACUGGCAAUACCGCUUCUACUCCGCUGCUUCACAAGAUGAAGGCCGAGUGUUCCUCUUGCGCGAAGGACAAGACUCGCGCGUUGCUGAAGAAGCAACAGCAACUGGUCCUGUCCCUACUCGAAGCGCAUGAUGCUCUUGCGAAGUCCACGGGGGACAAGUACAACUUGUAUUUAUCACUGCUGGAGGAAGACAAGACGCGCGUGCGGACAGAAUUGUUAAAUGCAGCACUGUUGGAGCGUAGAAAAAACACGUGGUCGACUUCAUCUCCGGUUCAACCGCGUCCUCGCAGUCGCGCUAUGCGACUGGUGUCCGCUCCUGAGUCGAGUUCAUCCUCGUUUUUUGGAACAAUCUGCCCUAAAGGCAGACAAAGUUGUACAACACGUAAUGUUGAUCACGAACAACUCCUGGAUACUACAGAUUCUACACCAACUUCUUCUUCUCCAGCAGCACAAAAGCAUGAUCAAAAUGAAGAUGAAGAACAACAAGGUCGUGGUGAGGUGGAGACACAGUUCUUUAUCGAAGAUCACGAAUCGAACUCUUUUGGAGCCGGCUCUUCUAGCGGCAGUGAAAACGAGCUUUCGGAAGAAGAAAUCAAGACGCAACUAGUCAUGAACGCGUUGGAAGCUGGGGAAGUAGGCGGUCCAUCCUUGGAUCUCGCAGAAGAAAAGGUAAAACUGCAUCAAAGCAAAAGCGAUCAAAUGAAUUACAGUGGAUCCGCAUCAUGCUGUAGUAGUCGAUAUCUUAGCAGUUGUAUUCCCGAGAAGGUCCGAGCUGUCUUUCGCAAAGUCUUUUGCUGUGGCUCGAGCUCUUUGUUAACUCGAUGUUGUUCGUGCUUCAAAACCCAAUUACCGCAGUCGGCAGAAGAAUUGAGUCAACGACUGUAUGAGGGAGCGGACGACAGUCGGUUGUGGCUCGGACAACGCAGCGCGCUCACUGCGAUCGCGCAUCACCGCGUAAAUCUAGCGAUGCACCAACUGCAGGCGGCGGAAAAGGAAUUGGAGGAGUGACCACUUCUGAUGUUUGUUUCAGGAGAUCACAGAAGCAUGAUACAAUUCUUGGCGAAUUAAGUAAGUAGGUGUCAGCCAGUGUAAGAAAAGCAGCCACUGCAACAGGUUGUGAAACCACUGAGACACCGAACUCGAGGAUGGUACAUUGAUGCAUUGGCAGAUGCAAGCAUAUCUAACGAGCCAGAUUUCUUUUGUUAUUCGCAACCACAUUGACUGCGGGAG